GGUUGAGGCAAAAUAGAACACAUCUAAAAAUAUUUUUGAAUGUGUAAAAUGUAAUUGUGCUGUUGUCAAAUUAACCAUGUAACAGUGGUGACAAAGGCAAAACGUUUGUAAAUUGACAACAUUUCAUUGGAUGCCUGCCAGAAGACCUAUGCACUCGGAUAAGGAAGUGAAUUGUUAAAAACACUGUGACUACAAAAAUGGAGAGCAUCUGUCAAAUGGCUAGCUAAAAAAAUGAGACAUGAUCCUUUAAAAUCCAAAAAUUACAUAUUUGGAGAAUCUGCGCGAUGUCGACUGCAACCAGUUGUCAGCAACCUAGCCAGCCGGCGGAUUAUCGUGUUGUUCAAGACCAGCCCUCGUGUACUAAACGCCAUCUAGUGCUGCCACAACGUAAAAGAAAAAUAAAUGCGAUUGACCUUUUGAGCCGGAGAUCCCGAGGCAUACCAGAUUCUGGGACGUUGUCAAGACACAACCUGAAUAUUCUGAGGGGUAUCGUGCUUCAGGACAGUCGAAACUUCAUCAAGGUCUGGACCAAGACAUCGAAGUCUACAAUACGUUAUGAGAGCGGAAAGAUCUAUUUCGAAAAUUAUCAGCGCUGCUACAGUUGCCUCCCAUCUGAACCUCAGCUCCUGUACGAGUUACCCAAGCGGGCCAAAGCAGAGAAAAUCGAAGAUGCGCUAUUAUGUCAAAGUCCACUGGACAAAGUGUUGCCUACACGGUCUGAUCACAAACCAAGUCUCUUGGCGUUGACAGCCAACAAUUGGCUGUAUCGCUUGUCAACUGAAACGGGUGAACAGCUGCAAAAAAUCUUCUUGUCCCCACAUCAUAAGUUCAGAUACAUCAACUGGGAUGUGGACCAGGAGACGUUCUAUGUCAAGUCCACUCUUAAAAAGGCACCCUUCACCCAGCAGGCAGGACUCAACGAGAACACCCUGGUACACAUGGCUGUCUUCCAUGUCUCACCACUGCAACUUGUUGGUUCUCUGGAGAUAAACAAGAACGUAUUUGGGAACACUGUCAUAGAUGUCAGUCUUUCUCAAGGAGUACUAGCUGUGUCUCACAGCACAAAGGUCGUAAAGCUCUAUAGUUUUGAACACAUCUUGAAAAAGUUUAUGAUGAAGAGAUGGGAGCUUGGAGAUCCAUGCCACUUAAAGAGCACUGACGUUGUGGGAGAUGCACCUUGUGGUAUUCCAGUCAAUAUUGACAUCAAGGAGAGCCCACCUGUGCUGUUUGAGGUGCCGUGCUUUGACAACGGUAUUCAGAUCGGAGGCCAUCCAUGGCACUACAUCUACACCUCACGCCAAGGCGCCCACCACAUCUGCUCACUGAAGGACAAAGCUCUGGUAAAUUUUCAUGGAAUUCAAGACAUGAAAAGUUGCUCUCUGGAGUCCGACUGGAUCUACUUUCACCCUGAUGACUCGGGCAGAAUAAUCCAUGUUGGGCCUAGCACCAUUAAUAUGCUGAAGAUCCAAGGUGGGCUAGAGACUAACAUGUCAUCUCGAGUAGUUCAGGACUUUUCCAUCACAGCGCACAGAGAUAACAGAGCUGCUGCCCAGGUCACUGUGACCUCCUCGGGCCGUACGGUGAAGAGGAGAUUCCAUCAGCUGGAUGAUGACCCAGAACAGGAGACCUUCCGGAUAGUUGAGUUUGAGGAUGAACUGGACCUCCUGGCAGUCGUGGAGGUGACCAGCUGUGCUGAUGAAGGAAGAGCGCAAGUCCGUCUCCAUGACAACCAGAGUGGGAUGUUACUGAAGAGGAUCCCUCUCAUGGAGUCCUGGGACGAGACCUACAGGCAUGAACUGUUCUUCGAUAAAGACACAAUUGUUCACAUUGGACAAACAAAGACCAACUUCUGCUGCAGUGUUUACAAAAUUAGACACGGGACGGAGGAGCUAGAUUGAAAUGAGACUAGUCUGGACUCUAGACUAGAAUUAAGGAUUAUAAAGACACAUUUCUGGGUGUUUCACUUUUGAAAACUUGCCAUGAACUACCUUUUCUAAAUAUUGAGUUAUUGAUGCUUUUGAUACUUUUUAAUUUUUUGCAAGAAUUGUUUCUUUUACGUGCCUGAUGUGUUGCCACGUGCAGUUAACUUUAUAUACGACGCGUAACUUUCCACGCCCCUAACUGUUGACAUAAGCCUACUUUUUAGGCCAAUGCGGCAAUUUCGUAACAAGUGAAGUUACAAAACAUCGGUUAUGUGGAAGAGAGACGACGACAACGAUCCCCUCGCCCCCACCCCCCCCUCAUUUCCCUCGGUUAACCUCUUAAAAUUCCUCUGCUUUGAGACAUCACUUUUGAGUCACUUCCUCCGUUAAGCCAGUGGGUUCCUGGCGCAGACGCUGUCAGAGAUGGCGAUGGAGAGUUUCAGGCAGUUCUUAUUCACUCUGUGCGUUGCUGUCUCUGUUGGGUUUGUGGCUAUAAUUUUUGUCCUGAGAUGGGUAUUUCACUUUAAGGAAGGUUUGGCAUGGGAUGGAGGACUCGCCGAAUUCAACUGGCAUCCGGUUUUAGUUGUUAUUGGUUUUAUUUUUAUACAAGGAAUUGGUGAGUGUAGUAAUAAAUGGGAGUCAGGUGGCUGAGUGGUUAGGGAAUCCGAAGAUUGCCAGUUCGAUUCCUGGCCAUGCAAAAUGACGUUGUGUCCUUAGGCAAGGCACUUCACCCUAGUUGCCUCUGGGAAAUGUCCCUGUACUUACUGUAAGUCGCUCUGGAUAAGAGCGUCUGCUAAAUGACUAAAUGUAAAUGUAAUAAAUACCAGAAUACUAUAAGGUGAGUUUCCCUUAGUUACUACCAAAAGUUAGAGAGAGUUUAAGAUUUCUCGAAAUCUAAACAUUUUCUCAGUUACAUUUGUGAAACGAAAAUUGUAAAGUUGAUUCUGUGCAACAACAAACCUUGAAAACUGAUCAAAAUUGGCAAAUGCCACGAGUACUUUCAGUAAUUCCUUCCAAGACUGUGUUAAGUGUUUUCAAGAGGAUUUAUGCAGAUUCUAUAAUUCCCAAAAUGUUAUUCCACAACUAAUUAAUUUGCAUCACAACAAAUCUACUUGAAUUUGCUUGUGCCUAAACUCCUGAUCUACUACGCAACAUGUCUUCAGUCUGGUGUUCCAGAUGGUUCCAGUGGGAAUGUGGGGUACACAGUUCACUCUGACCAUCAGCAGAUUCCAGCCUGAAGAUGCUGCAGGUUAUGACUGUCAGCAGUGUACUGAGUAUCCAUUCACAGUGUGUGCAGGAGAUGAUCAGAGCGCUCAGCAAACUGAUCUGAGACCAGGUGCAGAGCUGCUACAGACGACUGAACUCAGCUCAUGGUAGCAGCUCUUUACUGCUCAGCUCAUGGUAACAGCUCUUUACUGAACUCAGCUCAUGGUAGCAGCUCUUUACUGAACUCAGCUCAUGGUAGCAGCUCUUUCAAAGGAUGUGCACAUGCUCUCAGUCUCACCAGUACAGCAUGUUAAUAUAGAUCUCACACCUCCUCUAUUUUACUGACAGGUGUCCAUCACCUCAGUAAUUUAGAAACAUCUAGGAGAUCCACCCUCGUUUCCCCUCAUAUUCACAAGCAGGGGCAGUUCUACACGGGGGCCUACAGGGGCCAGUGCCCCUGUAAAAAUGUCCCUGCCCCCCCCCCCCCCUGUGGCUCCCCUGAGCUGACUGAAUAAUUAAGAUGUUAUUUUUCUUCGAGUAGUCAUUUUGAAACGAGGAAGGGACAUAGCAGCCUUUGAGUGAGAGAAACAUAUCAAGGUAUUGAGAGAGCUGAGGAGCUUGAAGAGGGAAAGCCAGAGCUGUUUCUAUGAUUUUAAUGUAAAGCAAAAUUAAAGUAUUUAAUGUUUAAAUAUCAUUUGUUUCCGUUUUUUAAUGUGCCCUUCUGAUUAAACACUGCCCCCCCCCCUUAGCCUCCCCAGUAAAAUGUGUCUAGAACCGCCACUGUCCACAAAUAAGAUGAAUACCCAUCAUACACAAUCUUAACCUUCACCUCCUUUACAAUUGGUUUGAUGUCUGGAGAAAACAGAUGCAACAAAAGCCUUAAUAUUGAGGGAAUUACAAAUUGUUGAUUGGUGAGUCGUCUUUGUCUUCAAGUCUCCCCCUUCAUUACAUAGUACACACACAUGA